UCCAUAUUACUGGGAGAUCAAACUGGAGCUGAAGAGGUAGUAGAGGGCAGCAAAAACGUCAUGAAGAAGAAGACAGUGAUGGCGUUGUUUGGUCUUGUGCUGGGGUACCUAGUUACCGGAGCGGUGGUCUUCCAGAUGCUUGAACAACCCUUUGAGGCUAUGCAGCAAGACCUUCUCACAAGACACCGAUCCGAGUUCCUUUCAGAAAACUCCUGUGUGCAGGAGGACUCUCUGGACCAUUUUGUGUUGCAGGUGAAAGAAGCCCUGGGUUCUGGAGCUGAUAUUCCAGUAAAUGGCACCAACGUUACCUCACAGUGGGACAUUGGGAGUUGCUUCUUCUUUGCAGGAACCGUCAUCACCACAAUUGGUUUUGGUAACAAUGCCCCGAAAACAGAAGGGGGACGGACGUUCUGUAUUUUUUAUGCGCUAGUAGGCAUUCCAUUGUUUGGCAUCCUGCUGGCAGGAGUUGGUGACCAUUUGGGAUCUGCUCUCCGGAAAGGAAUUGGAAAAGUGGAAAUGAUAUUCUUGAAAUGGCGUGUGUCUCCUACCAUUGUACGGGUCAUCUCAGCCCUUCUCUUCAUCCUCAUUGGUUGUGUCCUCUUCGUUCUUAUACCAACUUUAAUCUUCCAGGAAAUUGAGCAAUGGACCCUGUUGGAGUCCAUCUACUUUGUAGUCAUCACACUUACCACUAUUGGAUUUGGAGACUAUGUAGCAGGAGACAGCGCUGGUAAGGAGCACAAAUGGUACAAACCACUGGUCUGGUUUUGGAUAUUGCUUGGCCUUGCCUACUUUGCUUCCAUCUUGACAAUGAUUGGGAACUGGCUGAGAGUUUUGUCCAGAAAAACAAGAGCAGAGAUGGGUGGACUAACAGCCCAUGCAGCAAACUGGACAGCAAAUAUGACUGCUGAUAUUAAACUUCCCCACCGUGGAAUAAGCCUCAACUUUCAAGAACGAAUGAUUCGUCAAAAAGGGGCUAUGCACGAUCCAGAACAACAGAAUGAUGAAGAAAUGGAUGAUGAGGAAGAGGAGGAUGGAGAACCGCAAACACUUCCAACGUGUGCCCCUAUCAUUCCACAGACACCCCCACUUACUCCUGCACUGAGAACAGAGGAUGCUGGGAAACGAGCCAUGGAGUGGGGUGAAAAUUUGGCUUUCAUUGAUGAAUCCUCUGAUAGUCAGAGUGAGAUGGGGAUGGGGGAAGGAGAAACCGGGGAUGAAAAAGGAAAGAAAGGAAAAGUGCUGAAAAGCAAGAAGAGGAAGAGGUUGGGUGGACGGAGCAUUUCUGUCCCACGGAAUCGAGAUAAAGGGGAAAGUGGAUAGGAAAAAAUGUACCUUAUUUCUAAAAUUCUGCUUUAAAAAGUUCCAAUACUACCAAAGUGCCACUCUCUCUUCCCUAUACUGCACUACCACAUUUCCCAUGAAAUCAUAAUAUAUUACAGGUAUAUAAAGUGAAGUUCUUGAGAAUGUUUUUCAAAGUUUUUACCUGUA